AUGGAAUUGACGCAGAAAGCAGUUCUGUCUUUUCUCUUAGAAGAAGGAGGUAAAGUGGUCAAAUCCAGCCUGCUGGCCAAGUUCAAGGAUUCCUUGGAGUGCGUGGAUCCCGCGGGGAGAGAGCGGAACAGAGAUCUUUUCAGGACUUUCGUGAACAAUGUUGCCUCCGUCAGAGAAAUUGACGGUGUGCGGUAUGUCGUCGUGAAGAACCCGCACCAACAUUUGCUCAGGGGGGUUCAAAAUAAAGAGAACUUGGAGGAGAAAAAAGAAACUGAAGGAAUUCAUCAGAAAGGUGAGCAGGAGCGCACGGUUACGCACGAUGAGAAGAGUGAGGAAGGCUCCGUGGGUGCUGGGGAGGCGAGUCUGGCAGAGCCAUCUGCUUCCAAGGCUGAUGAAGAAGAAGGAGAAGAAAAUGAAAACCCCUCACCGCUAUACUCUUCAGUGGAGCUGGCUCUGCAGAGGAGCAGAUCUAAAGCUGUUAAAGUCAAGAGGAUGCUGAAUUUUGACAUUCUGAGGGACACAGAUAAGAAAAUAAGGGCAGAACUGGGGCCACCUGAGUCAGCCAUUAAGAGCAAACCUUACGCUUUACCUCUCAGAACACCACCCACCAGGGUGGAGGUCCAACAAUUGAAGGUGGAACCGAACGAACCUCCUGUUGGGACGAACAGGAUGCUGCCAUCCAGGAGCACCAAGGCAUCCGAGGACUCAAAGAUCUCCACGGUCCCUCUGGAGAACACAGAGCACAAAUGGAUGGUUAAGUGUGCUGCCGGGCACUGGGGCCAAGCCUACGGCCUGCUGCUCAACGACUGCCAGCUGGCUGGGAAGAGGGACUUCAUUUCGGGGUUCACUGCUCUGCACUGGGCUGCCAAGUUUGGGAACACAGAGAUGCUUGUAAAGAUCAUCGAUGUGUCCAAGAAAGGAGGAGUUGACAUCAACGUCAAUGCAAAAACUCGCGAGGGAUACACUGCUUUGCACAUAGCAGCUUUGCAUGAUCAGGAGCGCAUCAUAGUCAUCCUGGUUGGAGAGCUUGGGGUCGAUGUGAACAUAAGGGACAACAGCGGGAGGAAGGCCCACCACUAUCUGCACAAAGGCAUCUGUAAGAGUGUGAGAGAGAUGCUGGGAGAGCCCGCAUCCAAGCAACCCCAGGACAGAGUCUAUCCCGAGAAAGAGGAUCCGGACUUGCUUCCUGACCUCUCCAAGGGCCUGCAUUCGAUAGGUCGUCUCUUCCAGCCGACGGCGGUGGCCCAGAAGAAGAAGCAAAAGCAGAGGUCUGGAUUCUACUCCCUGAGCGACAGCACCAUCGAGGAGAAAGAGGAAAGCAGCUUCAGACAAAGAUCUGACACUUUUGUGUAA